CGGUCUCCUCCGAAGAGUAAUGAGGGAUGCUGCCGGUGUCCGCUCUCUUCGCGGCGCUGAUGUGACGGUACAGUCGCACUUGGCGAACCGGUAAUCCAUCUCUCUGAAGCAGACGAUCAGGACGUGUCCAUUGACACCGGAGUCCUUCGUCACUGGCGCAUCGCUAGGAUUUGCUACCGCUGCGCACUAAAACGAUAAGCUGGCAGCUGUCUGAUGCCGCAGAAAAUCUCGCCAUUGUUCCGAUGAGCAACCCAGCAGCGCUGCUUUGAAGAGAGGCGCUAAUUUCAAUGUAUUUCCGCGGGAUCCUCGCAUCAAUGUUGCCUUGUGCGAUAUGCCUCCUAUGCAGCAUCCAGGGCAUCGUGUCAUUCGUGGCCACUGUCAGAGAAGACAACAGCAUCUUGAUGUUGCUGGAGCCAGCAGACAUGGCGGACAAUGGCACAGCGUACGGCGUGCGGGUGACCGGCGAGCCUGAGAGCCACUUCCUGCUGUUUCAAAACCUCAGCGACUCUGUCCCUCCACCGCUGGUCUUCAACGCUUCCUAUCAUGGCCUGUGCUACACGGUCAGCUUCAUGGUCAGCAAUGGCACUGUGUGGUCCAAGCCAGUGAAGACUAUCAGCCUCCUGACAAAGCCUCUUCCAGUAGAUAGUGUGUUUAUCCAUGACUACAAACCUGCCCCGGAAACGAGUGUCAUCUUUGAGCUCAAGUCUGCGGAGAACAACGUUUUUACGAGAGUAAAUAUCAGCUACUCUGAGGGACAGGAGCAGCGGUCGAUGCUGUACAAAGACUUCUUCAAGGGGAAAACCGUUUUCAAACAUUGGCUUCCUGGAACCUGCUACAGCAACAUCACCUUCCAGCUGGUGUCAGAGGCCACGUCCAACAAGAGCACCCUGGUCCGGCACAGCCUGGUGCUCCACCAGCCCGGCCGGCACAGGACAGCACCCAACCCACCCCUCAAUGUCUCCUUCCGGAUCAUUCGUCUGAGCGGGAGAGCACCACCACGGCUUGCGCGUAGCGGGUCAUACUCUCGCCUGGUUGGUGAUGUCCCCUUGAUAGAUGAACAGGAUGAGGUGGACCCUAUGGAGGAAGAAGGGGACCCAAGGAGCUUCGCCAUUGGACAGGAACACUUGAGCCCAACCCAAGGCUCCAACAGCUCAGCAGAUGACUCGUCUACCAGCAGUACAAGAAAUGAGAGCUCCUCGCAAGCCUAUUGGCCACUGGCCACGGCCAGGCCCACCUCCACUGGCCCCAUAUCGAGCGAGGAGUUUGUAAACGCACCAGUCCUAGAAUCUGAAGAUCAGAGCGAUUCGGGUUCUGGCAUGGACCAACCCCAUGCGCCCUUGUUCCCCACCUCUGGGCUGCCCCACCUCCUGCUGGAGCUGCAGUGGCAGGCACCUCGCCCACCAACCAUGUUCGAUGGCUUUGUAGUCUACAUCUCCAUAAACGGUAGCCACAAAGAGGUGGCCCAGGUGGACGAAAAUACGCAGGAGUUUGUCAGGAAGCUGAGCGAACCUGGGACCUACAGGGUGCUGGUGACAACAUGGAGCUCAUCCGGAGACUGUGAGCCUAGAGAGAGCCGCGUGGAGACCAGCUUCACCUUCUACCUCAGUUCCAGUGGGGAGUGGUUUGAAGAGCCCAAGGAACGACCCCAGGCUGUGACGGUGAGGAUGCUGAACUCCGAUACGGCAGCCGUUUCCUGGGCUACGUCUUCAACAAACCUUAAUGGAAGCCUGGUGUCUGUACUAUCCCUUACCUGCUCCAAACCAAGGCUCGGUCAGAGGCUGGAGAGUAACUACUGCAAUGAGGAAAAUACUACCAGUGACAUCAUCACUGACUUAACCCCCGGUGCACAGUACCGGGUUCUGGUCUUCUUCACAAAUGGCCCUCUCGUCGGCCCUGCCUCAGACCCCGUCAUCAUUUCAACAUUGCCCCUGGGUGUCCAAAACUUGGCUGUGCAUUCUCUGAGUCCCUGGGAGGCCAUCCUGAGCUGGCAGCGGCCGCACAAUGUAGCCUUCCACAAGUACAUCGUGGAGACCUUCUUCUUCAACCCGGCCACGCUCACCUCGCAGUGGAGCACUUACUACGAGCUCACUGCCACCUCUUCGCUGGUGGCCUCUGUGAGAGUGACAGACCUACUGCCCGCCUGGUACUACAAAUUCCGCGUCACCAUGGAGACGUGGGGCGAGCCGGUGCGGAGCUGCUGUGACAGAUCCACUGUGAGCUUCAUCACAGCUCCGGAGGCGCCCCACAUAUCCCUGGUGGAAUACUUCAGCAGCGUGCUCCACGUCAGGUGGACCUACGGGGACAUCUUCACUGACCUGUCCCAUUCCCGCAUGCUGCACUGGCAGGUGGCGGCCGAGGGCAUGAGAGGGGCCAGGAGACGAGCGUCUGCUAACGUGCCCCGCACCGUCAUGCAGGCAACACUGGCUCUGCCCCCUGGGGACAUCUACAACCUGACUGUGACAGCAUGCACGGAGCGCAGCAACAAUACAUCCACACCGCACAUCAUCAAACUGGAACCGGCUCGUCCAAAGUCUCUCUAUGCUGUCAACACGACACACACGUCGGUGUCUCUGCUCUGGGUCGAGGAAGGAAUCGUGGAUUUCUACCGGGUUUCCUGCAAGCAAGUGGGCCUCAGUAGGAGCACGAACGGGGAGAGGGAAGCCCAAACUGUCCACUCCCAUGUGGCAACAGUCUCCAACCUCCUACCUGCCACCACCUACAACUGCAGCGUCACCAGCUACAGCUACAGCACUGCCAGUGAGCCAGCUUAUGUGGCCAUCUCCACCCAAGCCAGGGAGCUGAACCCCAGUGUGGCAGCCAUAUCUGCACUUGCCGUCCUCAGCGUCCUCCUCAUCAGCCUGCUCCUCUUCAUCCUCAUCGUGCUCCGCAAGAAGCACAUACAGAUGUCCAGAGAGUGUGGGGCUGGGACAUUCGUCAACUUUGCCUCCUUUGAACGAGACGGGAAGCUACCCUACAACUGGCGAAGGACCCUUUUCGCCUUCCUAACUCUCCUGCCAUCCUGCCUUUGGACUGAUUAUCUUUUGGCUUUUUAUAUUAAUCCAUGGAGCAAGACUGCCUUAAAGAAGAGGAAACUAACAUGCCCGGUCCAGCUGGACGACUUCGACACCUACAUCAGUGACAUGACCAGAGACUCCGCCUACAAGUUCUCUCUGCAGUUCGAGGAGCUGAAGAGCGUGGGUUUGGACCUGUCCCAUGAAGCUGCUGACCUUGCUGUCAACCGAUCCAAAAACCGAUACACCAACAUCCUACCAUAUGACUUCAGCCGUGUCAAGCUACUCUCUAUGCAAAACGAGGAAGGAUUGGACUACAUUAAUGCUAAUUAUAUUCCCGGCUACAAGGGCCCCCGGGAGUACAUCGCCACCCAAGGCCCACUGCCCGAGACCCGUGAUGACUUCUGGAAGAUGGUGCUGCAGCAGAAGUGUCGCAUCAUCGUCAUGCUGACGCAGUGCAACGAGCGGCGAAGGGUGAAAUGUGACCACUACUGGCCCUACACCGAUGCACCGGUCACAUACGGAGAGAUCACUGUGGAGAUGCUGUCGGAGAAGGAGUCUCCGGAGUGGACCGUCAGGAACUUUAGACUGAGCUACGCGGAUGAGACUCAGGACGUCCUGCAUUUGAACUACACGUCCUGGCCAGACCACGGUGUUCCCACCAUCAACGCCAUCGAGAGCAUUUUGCAGUUUGUGCACAUUGCGAGGCAGCAGGCAGUAAAAGUGAAGGGUCCCAUUAUCGUACACUGCAGUGCCGGAGUGGGUCGCACAGGAACAUUCAUCGCUCUGGACCGGCUGAUGCAGCACAUACGGGAGCACGAGUUUGUUGACGUGCUGGGCCUGGUGGCAGAGAUGCGAGCGCACAGGCUGUGCAUGGUGCAGACGGAGGAGCAGUACGUGUUUAUCCAUCAGUGCGUCCAACUGAUGUGGAGGAAGAAGCAGCAGACAGUCGCAGGAGAUGUCGUCUACGAGAAUGUCAUCAAGUCGUAAUCGUGGAGUCCUGCAGUGUUGAAGUGAUUCAUCUGCCCUCCCCUGCUUCAGGCUUUCGUUCUCUGCCCAGAGAUUUGUUUAAUCAUCGAUGCCAAAAAUGAACACAGAAAAGAGAAACAGCGCUUUCGUUUAAAACUGGAGGACGCAUGGGAAGGGAUCUUGCCUUAAAGGAGCAUUUAUUUACUGAAAACUUUUGGUUUUUGGGAUAUUUUUCAAAGUCGCCUUAGUCAGAAUAUAUUUAAGAAAACUUCUGGCCUAUCCAGCAAAAUGAACUGUCCCCCACAAAGAUAUUUCACUCUUGGUGAACAAGAAGCAUCAGAACUGGAACACUUUUGACACCGAUCAAGAGAGUCCCUCUAGUGGCACAUGAGUGGAACUGAAGGUCAGUCAGCAGCAUCCUCUAAAUACUAAUUUUAAUUUGCCAAAAAAAAAAAAUAAAUCCCAUAUUUCGAAAAUGGCAUCACCUCACCA